CUCACGUGCUUCAGUACACCCCUCUGUUAGCACGGCCCUUCUUGCCUCUGCUGUAUUUAGAACUUCCGUACACCGAUACUUCGUUCACUAUAAUUAUUCAUGUCUUACGAGAUUGUCAAGGCGGGUUCAGUCCAGCGUCUAUCAACAAUUCUCAAACGAUGGAAGCCUGCGUGGUUGGUUAUUUAUAGCAAUGGAAACAUGGCCUACUUUGAAACGGAGAAUAGCUAUGUGCCAAAGGCCACAGUUUAUCUUCCUGUGGAGUGCCGGCGUGUACUUUCAGAGCCGAAGCGUGUGGAUCCUCCGAACGACCUACCCCGAAAUUGUUUGUUUGGUGUUGCCACUCGGGACAGCGAUUGGGUCUUCUGUGCUGAAACGGCAGAUGAGGCCACAGCUUGGCGGCUGGCUCUGCACGAAGCCAAACGCGUAGCGCAACCAAGUCGAGUGCAUAUCCCACCAGCUGCAGCAUACGGUGGCUACACGGAUGGAGUGAAUUACUACCGUCACUCGGCCUACCCGGAGGCCACAGUCCCUUUAUACAGUUCAAGCUACUCGUCGAAUCCUCCACCGAUCCCAACGGUUUAUCGUGGUUCAGACGGUGAACUGGUCGUUCCGGAACAGGUCAUCGAACAUCCAGAUGGAUCGCGCACCAUAAUACUGGGCCACGGGAACGAAGUCCUCUGCCGUUGUCGCCACGGUUACAACUGCGGUUGUGGAUACAGUUACGCAGAUGCAGCCCUGUUCGGGCUGGCCGCUACCAGUCUGAUGUGGACCCCAUUCUUGUGGUCUCCGCUCUUUUGGUAGGCGCGGUGUCGUGACCUCAUCUCAGCGCCCAAAAUAUCACGGCACCUUUCAUUCUGCCCAAACAUCGCAAUAGACUUGAGUGAUGACUUUUUUGUGCUUUCGUCGUGUCAUCGUUUUUUUUCAUUCCUUCUCUGUUCGUACCCCUAGUCAUAUCGAUUCUAUUCGGCGCUGCUUUUCAACACAUCUUUUACAAUGUGCAGUUUGAUUUGGUUACCUAUCUUUUCUCACAUUAUUAAUCACAUGUUUCAACUAUCUUCGUUCGUUCACGAGUCGUGUACGCACGAAUUUUUUUCCAAAUGCUUUCUCAUAUCCUCUCUUUGUGUUAAUACACGAAUUAUUCAGAUGUAACCUUUCACAUACCACCACUGUGAUGCUCCGAUCUGUUAUUUUUAUUCGUCUCUUCGGUGCCGCGCUUGAGAUUUUCACUCGCCAUUACAGACAUCAGGUGCCGGUCCGCUCCUCUCAUCUCUUGAUGGCGCUUUUUAUUAUCACUACAGUGCGGACACGUUCACGCGCGUUUUCGACAUUUCUCGACUGAAAGCUAAGAACAUGCACUCUCGAGCGGUGCAUUUGCGUUAACUCAUCCUUGAAACAAGGUCAGAAUAUCGUAUGUGAUUCGGCUCAUAAUUGACAGUUUUUUCCUUUUAUCCCG